AUUGGACACUGGUUCUGGUUCAGAAAUGGCUACUGAGAUCAAAUCUGAUGCAAAUUCUGUGUCUGAUGGCAUGACUGGGUCAGACAAUAAUACUGAUACUGAUACUGAAUCUGAUACCACACCAGCAUCUGACACUGAAUCUGAUACCACACCUACAUCUGAUACUGAUCCUGACACCACAGGUACAUCUGAUACUGAUCCUGAUACCACACCUACAUCUGAAUCUGAUACUGAAUCUGAUACCACACCUACAUCUGAUACUGAUCCUGAUACCACACCUACAUCUGAUACCACACCUGAUCCUGAUACCACACCUGAAUCUGAUACCACACCUGCAGCAGAUACUGAAUCUGAUACCACACCUACAUCUGAUACUGAUUCUGACAUCACAGGUACAUCUGAUACUGAUCCUGAUACCAUACUUACAUCUGAAUCUGAUACUGAAUCUGAUACCACACCUGAAUCUGACACUGAUACCACACUUGAAUCUGAUAGCACACCUGCAUCUGAUACUGAUCCUGAUACCACACCUACAUCUGACACUGAUUCUGAUACCACACCAGCAUCUGAUACUGAAUCUGACACCACAGGUACAUCUGACACUGAUUCUGACACCACAGGUACAUCUGAUACCACACCUGAAUCUGAUACCACGCCUACAUCUGACACUGAUUCUGAUACCACACCUGCAUCUGAAUCUGAUACCACACCUGCAUCUGAUUCUGAUCCUGAUACCACACCUACAUCUGAUACCACACCUGCAUCUGACACUGAUACCGCACCUGAAUCUGAUAGUACACCUGCAUCUGACACUGAUACCGCACCUGAAUCUGAUAGUACACCUGCAGCAGAUACUGAAUCUGACACCACAGGUACCUCUGAUACUGACACUGAAUCUGACACCACAGGUACAUCUGACAGUGAAUCUGACACCACAGGUACAUCUGACACCACAGGUACAGCUGAUGCUGAGACUGAUGCUGUCUGUGUGUCUGAUGCUGUAUCGGAUACUGACACCAGGGGGCAGCAGUGUUGCUCUUGGGCAUCUCGUGGAAGGAGGCAGGUGCAGGGCUCGCCCUCCAAGCCAGGGUUUGAGUCAGCGCUGGCUGCCCCGUGGGGCGGGGGCUGGGCGGGGGCCCAGUAGGGUGUAUACCGUGCCAAUAGGGGGA